GUGAUCGUGCAGCGCUGCCUUGCCGGCCGCUCCCUCACCCACGUCCGCGCCGGCUGCGUCCUCUGCGGCUACCUCAAGGUGCUGCCCAUGUUCCUGAUGGUGCUGCCCGGCAUGGCCGCCCGCGUCCUCUUCCCGGAGGUCGUCGGCUGUGCUGACCCCCAGGGCUGCUCCCGGGCCUGCGGCUCCGCCCUCGGCUGCUCCAACGUGGCCUAUCCCCGGCUGGUGCUCAGCCUGCUGCCGCCCGGNGCUGACCCCCAGGGCUGCUCCCGGGCCUGCGGCUCCGCCCUCGGCUGCUCCAACGUGGCCUAUCCCCGGCUGGUGCUCAGCCUGCUGCCGCCCGGGCUGCGCGGGCUGAUGCUGGCCGUGGUGCUGGCGGCGCUGAUGUCGUCGCUGGCCUCCAUCUUCGCCAGCUCGGCCGCGCUCUUCUCGCUCGACGUCGUCCGGAGGCUGCGGCCGCGGGCGGGGCCACGGCAGCUGCUGCUGGCCGGCAGGCUCUGGGUGGUGGCCAUGGUGGCGCUGAGCCUGGCCUGGCUGCCCGUGCUGCGGGCGGCGCGGGGGGCGCAGCUCUUCGAGUACCUGCAGGCGCUCUCCUCGUACCUGGCGCCGCCCGUGGCCGCCGUCUUCUGCCUGGCCGUGUUCGUGCCCCGCGUCAACGAGCCC